AUGACCAUACCAUCAGCAGCACCGUUUUUCACCUCCAAUGAAACCAGUAGCUGGCUGCUCUACAUUUUGACCGAUUCUGCUUUACCAACAGGUGGCUUUGUUGCAUCUUCAGGCCUUGAAGCGAGUUGGCAAGCAGGACUCAUCGAUAAUGAAAAUCUGGCAGCCUGGGUCACCACCUCAGCACACAAUUACGCUUCCAACACCAAUUGCUUUGUGAGAGCUGGCUAUGAAGCACCUGACCAUGAAGAUCCACUGGCCUAUUUGAUUGAAUCCGACAAUAUAUGCGAUGCAGUGAUGGCAGCCAACACAGUAGCUCGAAGAGCAUCCUUAGCACAAGGCAUCGCCAUGCUAACUCUAUAUCUAAAGUGCUUUACAGAUAGCCCUGAACAUAUCACAGAGAAGGAGCAUCAGCGAAACAUGGAGGUUGUUAAAAAGUGGAAAAGUAUGAUUCGAGGCGAGAAGAUCGAUGGCCAUUUUGCCAUUUGUUACGGACUCAUUUGUCGAUACCUCAAAGUGGAUCUCGACAACACGCUUCACUUGUGGCUCUACCUCUUUACUCGUACUAUUUAUUCCAGUGCGGUUCGAUUGAACGUGGUGGGACCUUACGAAGCACAGAAAUUACUAUUGCAAUCUAGAAAACCCAUUGAAGUGAUCAUCAAGGAGACCAAAGAUAUAGGUAUUGAGGAUUGCUGUCAGACAAAUCCACUUUUAGAUGUAUGUCAAGGCAUGCAUGAUAGACUUUAUUCUAGAUUAUUCAACAGUUAA